AUGCUGGUGCUGCUGGUGCUGGUGCUGGUGCUGCUGGUGCUGCUGGUGAGAGAGCUGCUGCCCAGUACUGCUUGGCUGGCGGAUGUCCCCCAUAUUGAGCUAUGCGUCACUGCCCGUAGCACUGCGGUGCUCACAUUGCUUGCUCCAUCACGACUGCACUACGAAGGACAUACUACUCACGCCAUACAGUUCCCAGUUGGUGGGCCAGGCCAUAUUCAAUCGCCGGGAAUUCCACUCGCCGCGACCGAAGACGCGGACCUUUUGUUCACUCCAUCUCUCUCUCUGCGUCUCGCGACCAAGACAGCAUACGCCGAAACCCGGCUACCUCCUACUCGAUCCGACCGACAGCUGGGCUCUCUCUCACACACACACUCCCUCCCUCCUGCACCCACCAAUCCUUUUUCGAGGGUGGAGCUCGAGUGUGCAGAGCCAGUGAGCCCGGUCUUGGUUGGUAGCGAGCCGGGGCAGCUGUCAACCUUCUGCAGCUCGCACCGCCAACCAGAGGCGUUGCUGCAGGCGUUCGUCUCUCGACACAGGUUACCUUAUUGCUGUGCAGGGACGUUGUCGCAUCGAUCGCGUCUGCCCUUCCCUGCCUUGCCCUGCCCUGCCCUGCCCUCACCUUCAUCAUCACCGUACAUUACCUACCUACACGCACGCACUCGCUCCCGCAGGCUAGACUCCCUUAGUACAGUACAGUGCAUUGGGCUGGGCUGGCGCAAGACUCGAGCGAUACCGACAGAAUUUCACAGAAGGCAGCAGAGAGAGUGGGGCGUCUCUUCCCCUCCCCUCCAUCCAUCGUCGCCCGCCAGACGCAUCUCGUCUCAUUGCACUGCCACUGAUCCCAUUGUCUGGUACCUCUCAGACUUGCACUGA